AUGACCACUGUCAAACAGAAAAACCCAUCAAUCACUACCCUUCUGUCCAUUGGAGGUGGAAACCAAGACAGCAUGGUUCUUUCACUGAUGGCCAAUAGUUCUGUUGGCAGAAAGUCAUUCAUUGACUCCUCAAUAAAAAUGGCCAGAAGCUAUAGCUUUCAGGGGCUAGAUCUGAGCUGGGUUUUCCCUAACACAGGCUCUGAUAUGAACAACAUGGCCUUACUCCUUGAAGAGUGGCGAGUGUCGGUAGAGUCUGAGGCUAAAGGCUCUAGCCAGCCGCAACUGAUCUUGACUGCUGUAGCUGGCUUCUCACCAGUUAUAAAAAAUGUCUCCUAUCCUGUGGAUUCAAUGCAGAAGAACUUGAAUUGGAUAAACAUUGUGGCUCAGAACUAUUACAACCCUUCUUGGGAAAACAUUACGGGCCCUCGUGCAGCUUUGCAUGAUCCAGCGAGCCAUAUUAAUACUGCUGAUGGCAUUAGGGCCUGGAUUUAUAGGGGACUAUCUGCAAACAAAUUGGUUUUGGGGUUGCCUUUCUUUGGCUCUGGAUGGACACUUCAGAAUUCCCAGAACAAUGGUAUAGGUGCACUUGUCACUGGUCCUGCAACUGGUCGAUUUUUUUUAGAAAAAGGAAACAUCCCCUACAAGAAUAUCAAGCAACUUUUCAUUCAGAGAUAUCGGGCUGCUGUAAAGUACAAUUCUAUUUAUGUAAUGAAUUACUGCUUCAAUGGAUCAACUUGGAUUGGUUUUGAUGGUGUUGAGGCUGUCGAAACUAAGGUGUCCUACGCCAAGGAGAUGGGGUUGCUCGGUUACCAUGUCCUCGAAGUCACGGAUGAUGACAAUUGGGAGCUUUCUCUUUCUGCUGGUAGAAAUUAG